UGGAGGAAACCCCGUGUCUGCGGAGCGGCAGUAGCCUGUGAGCAGUGAGAGCCAGGGACAGAGUCUCAGCCUCGCCGCUGCCGCCGCCCAGAGACCGCUGAUCCCCCGUCCGUCUGUCCGCCGCCACCCGCUCCGGACACAGAACAUCCAGUCAUGGAUAAAAAUGAGCUGGUGCAGAAGGCCAAACUGGCUGAGCAGGCUGAGCGAUAUGAUGACAUGGCUGCCUGCAUGAAGUCUGUAACUGAGCAAGGAGCUGAAUUAUCCAAUGAGGAGAGGAACCUUCUCUCCGUUGCUUAUAAAAAUGUUGUAGGAGCCCGUAGGUCAUCUUGGAGGGUCGUCUCGAGUAUUGAGCAAAAGACGGAAGGUGCUGAGAAAAAGCAGCAAAUGGCUCGAGAAUACAGAGAGAAAAUUGAGACCGAGCUAAGAGAUAUCUGCAAUGAUGUGCUGUCUCUUUUGGAAAAGUUCUUGAUCCCCAAUGCUUCGCAAGCAGAGAGCAAAGUCUUCUACUUGAAAAUGAAGGGGGACUAUUACCGUUACCUGGCUGAAGUUGCUGCUGGGGAUGACAAGAAAGGGAUUGUGGAUCAGUCACAACAGGCAUACCAAGAAGCUUUUGAAAUCAGCAAAAAGGAAAUGCAACCAACACAUCCUAUCAGAUUGGGUCUGGCCCUUAACUUCUCUGUGUUCUAUUAUGAGAUUCUCAACUCCCCAGAGAAAGCCUGCUCUCUUGCAAAGACAGCUUUUGAUGAAGCCAUUGCUGAACUUGAUACAUUAAGUGAAGAGUCAUACAAAGACAGCACGCUAAUAAUGCAGUUACUGAGAGACAACUUGACAUUGUGGACAUCUGAUACCCAAGGAGAUGAAGCUGAAGCAGGAGAAGGAGGGGAAAAUUAACCGGCCUUCCAACUUUUGUCUGCCUCAUUCUAAAAUUUACACAGUAGACCAUUUGUCAUCCAUGCUGUCCCACAAAUAGUUUUUUGUUUACGAUUUAUGACAGGUUUAUGUUACUUCUAUUUGAAUUUCUAUAUUUCCCAUGUGGUUUUUAUGUUUAAUAUUAGGGGAGUAGAGCCAGUUAACAUUUAGGGAGUUACCUGUUUUCAUCUUGAGGUGGCCAAUAUGGGGGUGUGGAAUUUUUAUACAAGUUAUGUUUGGCAUAGUACUUUUGGUACAUUGUGGCUUCAUGAGGCCAGUGUUCAAACUGCUUCCAUGUCUAAGCAAAGAAAACUGCCUACAUAUUGGUUUGUCUUGAUGGGGAAUAAAAGGGAUAAUUUGUUCCAGUCAAAGUGUAGUUACUGUGGGUACUUUAAGGUUUGGAGCACUUAUACGGCUGUAGUAGAAAUAGAUGAUUUCAUGGAAGUUGCAUGUUAGACCAUGUGUAUCUACGGAGCACUUAAUCUCAAUGUGCACACCUUUGACUACAGCUACAGAAGUGUUCCUUUAGAAGUUGUGACCCAGUUUACUCUGGAUAAGGGCAGAAACGGUUCACAUUCCAUUAUUUGUAAAGUUACCUGCUGUUUGCUUUCAUUAUUUUUGCUACACUCAUUUUAUUUGUAUUUAAAUGUUUUAGGCAACCUAAGAACAAAUGUACAAGUAAAGAUGCAGUAAAACUGAGUUGCUUGAUAUCCAUCAUUUCAUGUAUAUCAAGCACAACAGUAAAACAAAAAACCCAUGUAUUUAACUUUUUUUUUUUUAGGUUUUUUGCUUUUGUGAUUAUUUUUUUUUUUUGAUACUUGCCUAACAUGCAUGUGCUGUAAAAAUAGUUAACAGGGAAAAUAACUUGAGAUGAUGGCUAGCUUUGUUUAAUGUCUUAUGAAAUUUUCAUGAACAAUCCAAGCAUAAUUGUUAAGAACACUUGUAUUAAGUUCAUGUAAGUGGAAUAAAAGUUUUAUGAAUGGACUUUUCAACUACUUUCUCUACAAGCUUUUCAUGUAAAUUAGUUUUUUGGUUCUAAAACUUCUCCAAAGGAAAUUGUACAUUUUUUGAAAUGUCUUUCCUAUUCCCUCUUGGCAGCUAAUGGGCUUUUAUCAAGUUUAAAGACAAAGUUUAUCAUAUCAAAAUACUACUAAUAUUACUACUACUGUUCCCAACUAUUUCCCAUAUUCCCCUCUCCCCACGGAGUGGGUUGUUCUUUUUUUUUUUUUUUUUUUCCCCAGGGGUGGGGGAAAAAUGAUAAUACCCAUUUAAAUUUUUUCAUAAUAUGGCAUUUUCUAACUUAGGAAGCCAUAAUGUUCUUGGCCCAUCAUGACAUUGGGUAGCAUUAACUGUAAGUUUUGUGCUUCCAGAACACUUUUGUUUUCAAGACUUUCUUAAUACUCUUAAAAGCCUGCCUUCAGUUUUGAUCCUUUGUUAUUUGUCAGGUACACAGGAUUACCCGUUUUAGCCUUCUGUCUUGUCACCAGCCAUUCCUAUUUGGUAGCCGUGUACUCGGAGGAAAAAGGCCGCAUGAUCUUUUCUGGCUCCACUCGAUGUCUUAAGGAUUCCCUACUUUCCUUUGCUUGCAUCCCAUAAACCCUUCCUCUCAUCCUAUUUACUGCAGCAAAUCUCUCCUCAGAUUGUGUUUAUCUCCCUGUAAGCCCUACCUAUACUGAAUGGUGUGUCAUUGUCUGCCUUUGAAAUCCUCCCCCUCCCUUUCCUUCUCUUCUUUAAAUAAUGAUGGGCUAAGUUAUACCCAAAGCUCACCCUGCAGACUAUUUCCUCAGUAUCUUGCAGAAAACACCAAACAAAAAUACCAUUUUAAAAGAAAGAGGUGUAUCUUUUUGUUUAGAAUGUAAGCUCCUCAAGAGCAGGGACAAUGUUUUCUGUAUGUUCUAUUGUGCCUAGUACACUGUAAAUGCUCAAUAAAUAUUGAUGAUGGGA